CCUCUGCCAGGAGGAGACGAGGGGACAAGCUGGACGAGAUGUUGACUGGGUCCCAGGAGGUGAUGAUGAGAAAACGCCCCUUGGAGGCAGACUACAGAGCGGCCACCGUGAAGCAGCGGCCAACCAGCAGACGAAUUACUCAGCAAGAGAUCAACUCUUUGUUUGAGCGGCAGGGCCUGCCUGUUCCUCCAGGGGUUUCCCUGGGUCUGGAGAAAGCCACCAUGCAGCUGCCUCGUGGAAUGUCUCGGACCAAGUCCUUCGGUGCACCAGAGGAUGACAGGAUCUCUGCACUGAUUGGAGAGCAUCGGUUUCCAAGGAGCUCUUCGAUGACUGAUGGUUUCAUACCUCCUCCUCCCCAGACUGCCCCUCCUCCUCCCCCUUCCCACUACUUCCUGGACUCUGGCCCGCCGCCGGCGUUCUGCCCUCCACCUCCCCCGCAGCGAGCAGCCGAUCAAUCACACUCUAGCUUCAAGCCGGGGGCGGAACCUAGGCUGCACGAGGUCUGUGAUUCGCCAACGUCUCGGAGCCAUGCAGAGCGGCAGAGGAAAGCUCGCUCCAUGAUCAUCCUGCAGGAUUCACCUGUACCAGGCUAUCUACCUGCAGAGUCUUCUCCCCUAGGCCGACCUGCUGGGGCUACAGCAGGGCUGGGCCUGUCCCGGCCCAGCCCUGUUGUCUCCCCCAGCCCCCUCUCCAGAACCAGCCCUGCCCCCAGCCCCCUCUCCAGAACCAGCCCUGCCUCCAGCCCCAGCCCCCUCUCCAGAACCAGCCCUGCCCCCAGCCCUAACCCUCCAGGGGAGCGCAGCAGCAACAGGAGGCGUGGCCGACCAGUAGAGAACCCGUAUGCCAACGUGGGCCAGCUGCCUGCCCCCCCCAGCAAGCCUCAGCGCCGCAAGUCUCCGCUCCUCAAACAGCUGCAGGUGGAGGAGGGGCCCAGCAGGGCAGAGCUAUACCAGCAGCAGGUGCUCACCGAGCGUGCUCAGAUACGGGUCACGCCCCCUCAGGGCCGUAGGUCCUCCUUCUUCCUGUCUGUGGAGGGAGGGGCUUCAGAGCCCCCGCCCAUCUUACUGACCCAGUCCCACUCUGUAGAUGACCUGGGGGAGCUGCCCCCCCCAAUCCCCGUCCUCUCCCCCUCCUCCUCCCCCCACUCCACCUUUCUCCACCCACUGACAGGCAAGCCUCUGGACCCCUCCUCCCCCCUCGCCCUGGCCCUCGCUGCCCGCGAACGAGCUCUCACUGCACGCACACCCAGCCCUGAACCCAGAACCAAACACGCACACUCAUCUAGACCCGAGCCCAGGACCAAACACUCACCCAGCCCCGAGCCAAGGCCCAAACAGUCACCCAGCCCCGAGCCCAAACGAACCCCUCCUCCCCUGACCAGCCCUGAGCUCCGACACAAACGUAUCAACCCACCCAUAUUCCUUGACGGACAGCUGGAGCGGCCAGUCGUAGAGCGGCCAGAGACAGAAGGCGGAGUCACAUCUCCUGCUGUGCCCUCCCCCGAGCGUUGGCAGACUAUGCCCCUCCCUCCCAUCAGUCAGGUGACCAUCAAUAUAACCAAUGAAAGCCAGCUGGCAGGACGGGGUCUGGGGGAAGAGCUGAUUGAGGCGCUGCAUGGACAAUUACAGAGGAGGAGAAGUCUGACCGUUGGCAGCUCAGAGGAGGAGGGGGGGCCAUAUACGGUAACCCAGGGCCAAUCAGAGAGGAGGAAUAGUCUGGAGGGCGGGCCUUACACGGUGACCCUGCCCCCUGCACUGCUGUCAUCCAGUGAUGAGGAGACGAGGGAGGAGCUUCGUAAGAUUGGUCUGGUGUCUCCUCCCCUGGUGUUUGCCACGCCCCCCUCCCCCACCCAGCCCCGCUCCUCCCUCAGCCUGUCACCACGAAGACCCCAGGCAGGUGAGGGCGGGGGAGGAGGGGAGUCAGCUCCAGACUCAGGGAUGGAGGAGGGAGACCCUCACAUAGAGAACACCUUAUCCCCAAGCAGCACCCCGGCCCCCAGCCUGCCCCCCACCCUGCCCUCCCCAGAACGCCCCCAGCCUUUCCCUGCCACCCCGAAAACCCUGCCCUCCACCACCUCAGACCCCCAGAGCCUGAAGCCCAGGCUGCGUUCUCCCCUGGGCCGUGGUCGCUCUGCUCUCAGGGAUCCUCUACUGAAACAGUCUUCAGACAGCGAUCUGCUUCCAUCUGGCUGUGGACCUGGACGCCCACCACCCUACCUCUUCCAGAGGAGAUCCAAACUUUGGGGGGAGGUGUCCGAGUCUCGGCCCAGGCAGAGUAGCCCUGAGGAGGGCAGGCCGACUGCCGUGGGGGGUGGUGGGCUGGAGCUGGCCUCACGUCUCCAGUUACUCAGUAAAGACUCCCACUCACUCGGAGAGGAGCCUGCAGGACUGCUGGACCCUGGACACAGGUCCCCUGUGGGCGGAGGAAGGUUGUUUAGUAGUCUUGGGGAUGUCCACACCAUCUCCCAGAGAGGUUUUGGUGGCACCACCUACACAGUCCGACCGGGGAGCCGCUACCCAAUCACACCUCGCCGCAGUCCCAGUCCCUCCCCCUCACCUGCCCCUGUCCUCUCCCCAGACAGGUCAGAGGUCAGUCCUGGGCGGGGCUUUGGCCUUAGCUCCUCCCAUCACCACCACACCAUCCUCAAGUCGUCUAGCCUCAGCUUGCCUUCGGAGCCCAAGGAGGUCCGCUUCGUAAUGCGGAGUGCCAGCGCUCGAACCCGUUCCCGCUCGCCCUCCCCCUCCCCCCACGCCUCCCCCUGCCCCUCCCCCGUACUGGGCUCCCCCCUGCUCGCCCUGCGGCCGUGGCGCCAACGCCCCCUAGCUCUGUGGAGUAAGUAUGAUGUGGGAGACUGGCUGGAGAGUGUUGGUUUGGCAGAGCAUCGUGCCCGCUUCCAGGAGCAUGAGAUUGAGGGUUCCCACCUCCCUGCCCUCACCAAGGAUGACUUCGCUGAACUGGGCGUGACACGAGUCGGACACCGCAUGAACAUUGAGAGAGCGCUCCGACAACUGCUGGACAACUGAACCUCUAACCCCUGAUAUCACUGAAGGACUGUCACACCUGGACCCUAACCCUCUGUGGAGGUAUUCUGACAGCACCAAUGGCUGUAACCUGGCAACACCAGUAACCUGGCAACACCAGUGGCUGUAACCUGGCAACACCAGUGGCUGUAACCUGGCAACACCAGUAACCUGGCAACACCAGUGGCAGUAUGCUUUCAGACGUCUAUUUUCCAAAGACAGCAUCACGUGGAGUUGAGCAUUUAGUAUGAACUUUUUAUGAAUAUACAAGUAAAUACCUCCUCCAUCGAAAUAGCUACAAUAUCGACAUAUUUUCCAAUAAUGAAAUUGAUGAUAAAUGUUUAUUAGGAAUAGAUAUAUUUAAAUCAAGGUGUGUUUCAGAACAACUUUAUUCUGUUUAGGGAAGGAUGAGAAGUGGUGGAUGAGACUUCAUCGUUAACCUGUUAUUCUACUACAUUGCUCUGUUAGUCUACUACAUUAUCAUGUUAGUCUCCUACAUUACCCUGUUAGUCUACUACAUUGUCAUGUUAGUCUCCUACCAUACCCUGUUAUUAUCCUACAUUACCCUGUUAGUAUCCUACACUACCCUGUUAGUCUCCUACAUUACCAUGUUAGUCUACUACAUUACCAUGUCAGUCUACUACAUUACCAUGUCAGUCUACUACAUUACCAUGUCAGUCUACUACAUUACCAUGUCAGUCUACUACAUUACCAUGUUAUCUACCCUGUUAGUCUCCUACAUUACCCUGUUGUCUAACCUGUUAGUCUACUACAUUACCCUGUUGUCUAACCUGUUAGUCUACUACAUUACCCUGUUAUUAUCCUACCCUACCCUGUUAGUCUACUACAUUACCAUGUCAGUCUACUACAUUACCAUGUCAGUCUACUACAUUACCAUGUCAGUCUACUACAUUACCAUGUCAGUCUACUACAUUACCAUGUUAUCUACCCUGUUAGUCUCCUACAUUACCCUGUUGUCUAACCUGUUAGUCUCCUACAUUACCCUGUUGUCUAACCUGUUAGUCUCCUACAUUACCCUGUUGUCUAACCUGUUAGUCUACUACAUUACCCUGUUGUCUAACCUGUUAGUAUACUGCAUUACCCUGUUAGUUUAAUACAUUACCCUGUUGUCUAACCUGUUAGUAUACUACAUUAGCAUGUUAGUCUACUGCAUUAUCGUGUUAGUAUACUACAUUACCUUGUUAGUCUGCUACAUUACCAUGUUAGUUAAUCUUUGGCCUAAAUGUGUUUAUUCUGUCAGGAAGACCUCGAAUGAACCUCACUAGUAUACAUGUUUUAUAUGAAUUUUAAGCAAUGUUGACAGGAAAGUUUCCAGUGUAUGUUUUCUAAUAUCCCUAGCUACUGGUUUGUAUGGAUUUUAUACCUAUCUGUGAUGCUCUAAGGCAGAGUAAAAUGUUCAGAACAGUA